UCGCCGUGGCCCCUUGCAAUAUAUAAAGCAGUGGCAGUUCGAGGGAAACAUUUUGAGUGGAGGAUUCUCCCCUUUCCCGGACACGGUGGCAGUGACUGUGGUAACAUGGCAGACGUCAUUGACUGUAACUUUCCUGUAUGGGGUCUGCUGCCGAAGAAGGAGACCGGCGUCACUCAAUUUCUCACGAAAUAUCCGGAGUACGAUGGGCGAGGAGUCGUCAUCGCGAUUCUGGAUUCGGGGGUCGAUCCUGGCGCGCCGGGUAUGCAGGUGACAACCGACGGAAAGCCAAAAGUUAUCGAAAGGAUCGACUGCAGUGGUGCAGGUGAUGUCGAUACAAGUAAGGUCGUACAAGCUUCUGAAGGCUACAUUACAGGGUUGACUGGUCGUAAAUUGAAGAUUCCAGAGAACUGGAAGAAUCCCAGUGGGGAUUUUCACAUAGGUACCAAGAACCUAUUUUCGUUAUAUCCAAAUAAAUUGCGUGAACGCGUUGAGGCAGACCGUAAACGACGCUUCUGGGAUAAUGAACAAAAAACGGCAUUGGCAGAAGCUACCAGGCAACUGCAAGAGUUCAAAGCAAACAAGCCCCAGAUCAACAAUCCGAGUGUUAAACUCGAAGUGGAGGAACUGGAAGCUAGAGUUGUAGUCUUAAACGACGCGGAGAAGAAAUACGUGGACGUAGGGCCAACCUGUGACUGCGUGGUCUUCCAUGAUGGCGAGAUUUGGAGGGCAUGCAUCGAUACCUCGGAGGAGGGUAACUUAUCGACUGGAGUCUACCUUGGAGAAUACACUGCUACCAGGGAGUUUACUUCCCUUUCGCAAGAAGACCAGCUGAACAUUAGUAUAAAUGUGUAUGACGAAGGAAACACGUUACAGAUCGUUAGCAUGGCUUCUGGUCAUGGCACUCAUGUGGCUUCCAUCGCUGCUGCGAACUUCCCCGAUAACAAAGAGCUCAAUGGAGUGGCACCGGGUGCUCAGAUUAUUUCGCUGACGAUUGGAGAUCUACGUAUCGGCAUGAUGGAGACUGGCACGGCUCUUGUGCGUGCCAUGAUUCACAUUAUGCAGCGCAAAGAGAAAGUUCACGUUAUAAAUACAAGCUAUGGCGAGCAGGCAAAGUGGUCCAACACCAGUAGAAUAGGAAAGCUCAUGAACGAGGUUAUUGAUAAAUAUGGGGUUACAUGGGUCGCUUCUGCUGGUAACCUGGGUCCUGCAUUGUGCACAAUUGGAACUCCGCCAGAUAUCAAUUCUAAUAGUAUUAUUGGUGUCGGAGCCUACGUGUCUCCUGAUAUGAUGAUAGCGGAGUAUUCUUUGCGUGAGAAAUUACCAGGAAUGCCGUAUACGUGGUCUUCGCGUGGUCCAACUAUUGAUGGGGACUUUGGAGUGACGGUAUGUGCUCCAGGUGGAGCUAUUACGAGUGUACCAAACUUUACACUGAGGAAAAGUCAACUGCUAAAUGGUACCAGUAUGGCUAGUCCUCAUGUGACGGGAGCAAUAGCUGUUUUAAUGUCUGGACUACACGCCAAGGGGUUGAAGUAUUCGCCGUAUAAUAUAAAGCGAGCCCUCCAAAACUCAGCUCGAUAUAUUGACUCACUGGACCCGUUUGCUCAAGGCUCUGGAUUACUGCAAGUUGAGAAAGCCUUCGAACACCUCACAUCGUUUUCAGAAGUUCCAGAAAGAGACGUUAGGUUUUCAAUUAAUUGUGGUAUGAAUAAUGCUAAAGGCAUCCACCUCAGGGGGCACGUCAUUGAUCGAUCCAAAGACUGCGCUGUCACUGUCGAACCUGUCUUCCUUGACAGUGACAACAUAGACCCCUCGCGUAAGAUCGACUUCAAUUUGAGAUUAUCGUUAGUCUGCGAUGCAUCCUGGGUCCAUUUCCCAGCUCAUUUUGACUUGAUGCACAUGCCUCGAGCUUUCUCCGUUAGGAUAGAAGGUGCUUCUUUGUCAUCCGGUGUUCACACAACAAAUAUUCGAGCUUACGACGUGGCCAAUAUCGAGAAAGGGCCAGUUUUCCGGAUUCCCAUCACCGUAGUACAACCCUUGACCCUGACAAAGUCUGUACUCCACCCGGACUUGACUUUUACAGAUGUCAUUUUUAAACCGAACACACUGUUCCGACAUUUCAUCCUUGUCCCGGAGGAUGCCACUUGGGCAGUUCUGAAGUUAAAGAAUAUGGAGAAGGAUAGGACCGGUCGAUUCGUUGUGCAAACUGUACAGUUAAAGCCUCGAAUGGCUUGUAAGGCUCUCGAAGUGAAUAAAAUUGUCAACGUCGCCUCGCAGAGCGAACUGGUCCACGGGUUUGCGGUACAGAGCGGAAUCAUCCUAGAACUAGUAAUUGCUAAGUAUUGGGCAAAUUUGGGUGACGUUAAAGUGGAUUACUCCAUUGAAUUCCACGGUAUUCACAUGGUCGAUGGCAACUUAACCAUGCAAUCUGCCGAUGGGAUCAAUCGCCUCGAAUUGCGUAGUUCUUUGAGAAACGAGGAAGUUGUGCCGAACAUCUGCCUGAAAUCUUCGGUUCAAGUCUUGAGACCAACCGAAACGAUGAUCUCGCCGUUACGCGAUCGCGAUGUGAUCCCACCGGCACGACAGAUCUACGAACUGCAGCUGACGUAUACAUUCCACAUAGCGAAGGCAACGGAGAUAAUGCCGAAUGCAGCUUUACUCAGUGACAUGCUCUACGAGAGCGAAUACGAGAGCCAGAUGUGGAUGAUCUACGACAGCAACAAGCAGCCUAUAUGCUGCGGUGAUGCCUAUCCAUCAAAGUAUACCGUUCAAAAAAUAGAGAAAGGCGACUACACGUUGAAGAUGCACGUUCGUCACGAGAAGAAGGAUUUACUCGACAGAUUGACCGACAUGGCUGUGUUGCUCAAUCAGAAACUAAGCUCUCCGAUCAACUUGGAUGUCUACGCCAGCCAGACGCAGGCUGUCAUCGGAGGGAAAAAAAUGCUAUCCGCGUCGAUUCCACCUGGCAACAUUCUGCCGGUUUAUAUCGCACCGAUGGCUAACGAGAGCAAGUAUUCGAGGAAUGCUACGUUAGGGACGUACCUGUCCGGCACAGUGACGUUCUGCAAAGAUGACAUCGGCAAGAAGGUAAACAACCUCCAAUUCAAGUACAUCCUGACCGAACCUCCGCAGAAGUCUAACUCCACGUCCAAGCAGGAGAAGGAAAAGGUCUCAAAGUGGGAAGAAUACACGGAGGCCUUGCGAGAUCUCAAAUGUUCUUGGCUAGCGAAGCUAGAGCCUGGAGAACAUUCGAGGGUGCUCUACGAGGAGUUGAAGAAUGCUUUUCCUGACUACCUGCCAGUGCACACCGCGAUGUUGAAUUCCUUGGACUCUCCCGAAGCCCGAUACCACGUACCUCGAGAAGACCUCACCGAGCCAGCCAUCCACUUUGCGAAGCAGAUCAUCGAGAUCGCCGAUAUCGUCAUCACUGAAAUCGACCAGGACAAAUUGCUGGCUUAUUACGGCUUGAAGAACGACCAGCGGCAGGACGCUGCCAAAAUUAAGACUACGAUGGAGAAGCAGAAGAACUGCCUGGUCGAGGCGCUCGUGAAGAAAGGAUGCGCCCUUGCCAGGUUAUACACCUACGAGAGGAAGAAGGGCGAGGGCGACGGAACUCAGCAGCAAUUGCUCGACAAUGUCACUUCCGUGUGGGUCGACGUGAUGAAGUUCGUGGAAGCGACGGAUCCCAAGGCAAUAAUUCUCUCGCUGUGGCACGCGUACAUCAACAGGCAUUUUGGUCGAUACUUGAAGCUGUUGCUGCGCUACUACGAGGACAAGCAACUGAAGGAGGUCGACGAGAAAUGCAUAGAGGUCGCGAAGACCUUAGGCUGGGAACACUUUGCACGCCACGUCGCCUCGAGUAUACCGUCUCGAUACCCCGACUCUUAUCAAAUGUUUUGAUCGGCGAUAAACGACACGUACGGAGAGCAAGUGGCCCACGGCUGUCGUCCUAACUUUAAGAUGAAGCAAAAUAACUGUAUAACAUUGAUGCAUGGUUCGAGGGGCAAUGUCGUUCACAACACCCGUGGCUCCUCGAUCACGGGUGAUUCGCGCGUUGCAAGAUAAUGGAUAUUAAAGAAUAAUUUUAACGAUA